AGAGCCGCCCCUCCAGGAAGCGCCCGCCUCGCGCCCGCUUCCCGCCCACAUCCUCCCUCGACUGGAGGGAGGAGCCCGCGCCGCAGCCGGGGCCCGAGAAGGGCCAGCCCCAGCCCGGGUGAGCGCACGAGUGGGUACGGCCGCGCGGGUAGCACCCUGAGCCUGUCCCGUGCCGCCGCCCGGCCGACAGCACAGCUCGCGGGGAUGCCCCGGCAGCCCGGAGCACGCUGAGGAUACGGGAAGCGCGACUGCCAGGAACUGUUGCUGCUGCCACCACCAACCCCCAUGGCCUACAUUCCGGACGGGGGUGCUCCCACUGCAGGGGCCAUCCCCUUGGCUUCUCAGUGUUGCGUGUGCAAAGUGGAGCUGUCAGUGAGUGGCCAGAACCUGCUGGACCGGGAUGUCACCUCCAAGUCUGACCCUUUCUGUGUCCUCUUUAUAGAGGACAACGGCAGGUGGAUGGAGUUCGACAGAACAGAAACAGCCGUCAACAACCUCAACCCGGCCUUCUCCAAGAAGUUCGUGCUGGACUACCACUUCGAGGAGGUGCAGAAGCUCAAGUUCGCCCUGUUUGACCAGGACAAGUCCAGUGCACAGUUGGAUGAGCAUGACUUCCUGGGCCAGUUCUCCUGCAGCCUUGGCACCAUUGUCUCCAGCAAGAAGAUCACUAGGCCUCUACUGCUGAUGAAUGACAAGCCCGCGGGAAAGGGCUUAAUCACGAUCGCAGCCCAAGAGCUGUCAGACAACCGAGUCAUCACGCUGAGCCUGGCCGGCAGGAAGCUGGAUAAGAAGGACCUCUUCGGGAAGUCAGACCCAUUUCUUGAGUUUUACAAGCCUGGAGAUGACGGCAAAUGGAUGCUGGUCCACAGGACUGAGGUGAUUAAAUACACCCUGGACCCUGUGUGGAAACCGUUCACUGUACCGUUGGUAUCCUUGUGUGAUGGCGACCUGGAAAAGCCCAUCCAGGUUAUGUGCUACGACUAUGACAGUAAUGGAGGCCAUGACUUCAUCGGCGAGUUCCAGACCUCUGUGUUGCAGAUGAGCGAGGCUCGGGACGGUGUCCCGCUGGAGAUGGAAUGCAUCAACCCCAAGAAGCAGAGGAAGAAGAAAAGCUACAAGAACUCCGGCAUCAUUAUUCUGAGAUCAUGCAAGAUACAUCGAAACUACUCAUUCCUGGACUACAUCCUGGGAGGCUGCCAGCUCAUGUUCACUGUUGGAAUAGACUUCACAGCCUCCAACGGGAAUCCCCUCGACCCUUCUUCUCUCCAUUAUAUCAACCCCAUGGGCACCAAUGAAUACUUGUCAGCCAUCUGGGCAGUGGGGCAGAUCAUUCAGGACUACGACAGCGAUAAGAUGUUUCCUGCCCUGGGAUUUGGGGCCCAGUUACCACCAGACUGGAAGGUGUCCCAUGAGUUCGCGAUCAACUUCAACCCCACUAACCCUUUCUGCUCAGGCGUGGAUGGCAUCGCCCAGGCAUACUCAGCCUGUCUGCCCCACAUCCGCUUCUAUGGCCCUACAAACUUCUCCCCUAUCGUCAACCAUGUGGCCAGAUUUGCAGCCCAGGCCACACAGCAGCAGACAGCAACGUACUUCAUCCUCCUCAUCAUCACCGACGGGGUCAUCAGUGACAUGGAGGAGACGCGGCACGCCGUGGUGCAGGCCUCCAAGCUGCCCAUGUCCAUCAUCAUUGUGGGCGUGGGCAAUGCUGACUUUGCAGCCAUGGAGUUUCUAGAUGGGGACAACCGGAGACUGCGCUCACAUACAGGCGAGGAGGCGGCCCGAGACAUUGUGCAGUUCGUGCCCUUCCGAGAGUUCCGCAAUGCAGCAAAAGAAACUCUGGCGAAAGCGGUGUUGGCAGAGCUGCCUCAGCAAGUUGUGCAGUAUUUCAAGCAUAAAAACCUGCCCCCCACCAACUCAGAGCCUGCCUGAGCCCACGUCCAGCCGCAGCAUGCCAGCUGAGCCCCCAGCCCCCACCCCAGGGACUUGCACGCUCACCCUGCUUCCUCGUGGGUGGCCUUUUUUUUUUUUUUAAACCAGUCCACAUUUUUAUUUUUUACAACUGGACCUCCACCCCCAACUUCCCCAGCCCAGCUGGGCCCCCUUUGUCAGAGUCAACAGAUGAUGCUUCCAGGACAAACCAGCUUCCUCUCCCCAACCCUCCUGCCACUCUAAGUAUUGAAUGUACUUUGUAUAAUUUUGGUGGAAUUAUUGUUAUUAAAGAGAAUAAAAUUUUUACAAUCAUAA